GAAGGAGCAUAGAAGAGGAGAGGGUAAAGAACAAGGCGUGCGUUCUUUUUCUAGAGAAAACAAAAACAAGGAAAAACAGGAGGGAGAGAAGGAAAAGUUUGGUAGGGGUUGUUAAUAGCGAUUUAGUCGAAGGUAUACAAAGUGGAAGAGUUUUUAGAGUGUCUGGCAUUUGGCUUUGUUUGAUUCAGCCGAGAGCGUUGUUGGUUUCCUAGGUCUUUGGUGACACAUAAAGGGUUGUUUUUUGAAGCUUUUUCUUUAGUGAGGUUUUCAAUCUUUUUUGGGUUCUUAAAGAGACAGCAAACCAAGCAGUAAAAGAAGAAGAAGAAAGAAAGAAAGAGUAGAGAAAAAUGGAGUGGCAUGCUUGUCUUGAUGAAUACGAGAAGCUUGUUAGAAGGAUGAGCACUCCCAGGGUCGUGAUCGACAAUACCGUCUGCCCCACUGCGACUCUUGUCAAGGUUGAUAGUGCUAGAAGGUACGGAAUUUUGUUAGACGCGGUUCAGGUUUUAACAGAUCUGAAUCUUUCAAUUAAGAAGGCUUACAUUUCAUCUGAUGGCCAGUGGUUCAUGGAUGUUUUCCAUGUGACUGAUUUAAACGGAAACAAAUUAACGGAUGAGAGCGUUAUUAGCUACAUUGAGCAGUCCCUUGAGACCACUCAUCGCGAUAGGAGCCAAGGGUUUAAUGGCUUAACGGCGUUGGAAUUGACGGGAACAGAUAGAGUUGGUCUUUUAUCAGAAGUAUUUGCAGUUUUAGCUGACUUGCAAUGCAAUGUGGUAGAAGCUAAAGUGUGGACUCAUAAUGGUCGAAUCGCCUCUUUAAUUUAUGUAAAAGACUGCAAUUCGGGGUUCCCUAUUGAGGACUCGCAGCAAAUUGACAGAAUCGAAGCACGAUUAAGGAAUGUUUUGAAAGGAGAUAAUGAUAUUCGUAGCGCGAAAACUUCAGUUUCUAUGGCGGUAACACACACUGAGAGAAGGUUACAUCAAAUGAUGUUUGCAGAUCGUGACUAUGAAAGAAAGCCUAUUUUGCAACAUAGGGCAGAUUCUCCUGUGGUCACUGUGCAAAAUUGGGUGGAAAGGGGUUAUUCAGUUGUGAAUGUUCAGUCCAAGGAUCGAACCAACCUUUUGUUUGAUGUAGUUUGCACAUUGACAGAUAUGCAAUAUGUUGUGUUUCAUGCCACUAUCAACACAGCUGGGGAUAAAGCAUAUCUGGAAUUCUAUAUUAGGCACACAGACGGAACCCCAAUUAGUUCAGAACCUGAAAGACAUCGUGUAAUCCAAUGCUUGCAAGCUGCAGUUGAAAGGAGAGCAUCUGAGGGUGUAAGGCUGGAGUUAUGCACUGAUGAUAGGCAGGGUCUAUUAGCAGAUGUGACCCGAACGUUUAGAGAAAACGGUCUUAACGUGACAAGAGCCGAGAUAUCAACCACGGGGGACGUGGCUAAGAACGUUUUCUAUGACGACGCAAUUGGAAACCUAGCAGAUCCCAAAAUCAUUGAAGCAGUGAGACAAAAGAUUGGUUUAGGGAAGUUAAAAGUAAAGGAGUUGCCAUUGAUUUAUCAUCAAAAGGCUGAAAGGGAGGAGCAGGCAGUAGGGGUUGGUGGGACAGUGUUGUUAUCACUUGGGAGCCUAGUGAGAAGGAAUCUGUACAAUUUGGGUUUGAUUAAAUCCUAUUCUUGAAGUGGAAACUCCAGGGCAGCAAAUUGGUAGGAAACUCUUUGGUUGGCAUGUGGCAUAUUCUUUGCUUCAGGUUUGGGCUUUGGCCUUUGUGUACAUAUGAAAAAGGUGGAAUUUGGUGACAGUUGUUGCUCUAGGUGGGUUUGGUUGGCUGAAUUGACAGAACCACGGAGAGAAGAUUGGGAGGCAGCUCCACCAAUUUUUUUAUUACCCCCAACGCUUGGUUUAGGGGAAGGGAAGAUUUGAAUGGGAAGAGGGAAAACAGAACAAAAGUUAAAAAGAUAUUGGUGGGGUUUGUGAAUUGUGCUAUAGAUUUGUUGCUGUCAGAGAGAAAGAAGAUUAGGUAGAAGAAAAAUAUGGUUUAUUAUACACAAACAUUUGUACAUAACGACUUUUAAGUAUUAAUUAUAAUGGUUGACUUGAUUUUUUCUAUA